AAAAAAAUGGGUCCAUUCCAUUGUAUGAACAUACAUUUGUUAAAAUUUGAUGUUUAUUAGUUUAUAUUUAUAGAGCAGCAUGAGGAGCAUCAAAACUGAGAUGGGAAACCUGAAAAUAUCAGUGGGGGGUGGUGUAAAAAGUGAGAAUUCAUGCUGCACAAAAGAGGAGCCCACCUCACCUGGCAAGACGAACAUUUGUUCUUCGUCAUCAGAUUUCGAAACAAGCACCAUAACCAGCAGCAGCUUAACCCCGGUUGCAAGCCUAUCCAACUUGAUCCCCACAAAUCUCUCUAUUCCAUCUGCUGCUCUCAAAUUCGAAGAACAAAAUGGAGAUAUCGAAAUCCAUUCCCCAGAUUAUUCAAUGUGGGAAUCCAUCUUCACCGAUCACCUUUUAGACGGUGAUUUCAUGAUGUGCUCCCCGCUGAUGAACAACAACAUGCUCUCACCAAACUACAACAUCUACAACAACUGUGGCGGCUAUGCUCCGUCUCUGCCAGCCCUUGUGGGGUCUCCCCCUCGCUUUCCUCCCGCAAUGCAUGCUCUUGUGGGGUCCCCACCUCGAUUCCCGUCCCCUCUCGGGCCCCACAGGGGGAAGGGGUUGAGCCCUCUCAACAGGGUUUUCAACUCGCCGGGGAAUCAGUUCAUGCAGGUGGAUCAAAUCGAGAGCCUUUCUUUGCCUGCCCUCGAGAGCCUAUUGGAUGAUGACACUAGUUAUGAUUGUAAAGGCAAUGCUGGUGAACAUUUCGUGUCGUUUUCUCCGAUGAAGAUAGCUGGCGAUUGCUAUGAUGUCAUGCCUGAGCUACUGGAGUGUCUCACCAUGCCUGAUUCCACCAGGUUUAGUGAUAGUAGUAAUUCUGUUCAGGUAAGUUCACAAGAGAGUGGUAUUUAUGAUGUGGGAGUUUCUAUUGCACCUCAACCAUUAUCCCAACAAUUGCAACAAGAAAGGCAACAGGAGCAGCAGCAUAGACAACCUCAACAACAACAACAACCACAAUUUCAUCAGCAAAACCAGAUUCAGACAAUGCACAAUACGUUGACGGUCCCAAUUCCCCAACCUGAACAGGAGCAAGAUUGUGGACUACAGCUGGUGCAUCUUCUUUUGGCUUGUGCAGAAGCAGUUUCCAAGGAGGAUUACAUGCUAGCAAGAAAAUACCUCCACCACCUAAAUCGAGUGGUCUCCACCGAUGGCGACUCGAUGCAGCGUGUUGCAGCUUGCUUCACCGAAGCCCUCACUGCAAGAUUAGCUGCAACACUCACGAAUAAACCUAGCACCUCCAAGCUCAUUCCUUUCAACCCUUUCCCUCCCGACAACCUAGAAAUCCUCAAGAUUUAUCAGAUCCUGUACCAGGCCUGUCCCUACAUUAAAUUUGCUCACUUCACUGCCAACCAAGCCAUUUUCGAGGCAUUUGAAUCUGAGGGACGUGUCCACGUCAUCGAUCUUGAUAUCCUACAAGGCUAUCAAUGGCCUGCUUUCAUGCAAGCCCUAGCUGCAAGGCCUGGUGGGGCCCCGUUUCUUCGAAUCACUGGUGUGGGCCCUUCUCCUGAGUCUGUAAGAGAAACUGGGAGAUGUUUGAGUGAGCUGGCUCAUUCUCUCCACGUACCUUUUGAAUUCCAUCCUGUUGGUGAAGAACUUGAAGAUCUAAAACCCCACAUGUUCAACAGAAGGGUGGGUGAGGCUUUGGCUGUCAACUCGGUUAACAGACUUCACCGGGUACCAGGGAAUGCUCUUGGAAACCUGUUAACUAUGAUUAGGGAUCAAGCACCGAACAUAGUGACCAUAGUUGAACAAGAAGCAAGUCACAAUGGGCCGUAUUUCCUAGGACGAUUUCUUGAGGCCUUGCACUAUUAUUCGGCUAUUUUCGACUCGUUGGAUGCUACUUUUCCAUCUGAAUCUGAACAGAGGACAAAAGUGGAGCAGAAUAUUUUUGCACCGGAGAUUAAAAAUAUUGUAGCACAUGAGGGGCCUGAGAGAGUGAUGAGGCAUGAAAGGCUCGAAAAAUGGAGGAAAAUAAUGGAAGGGAAAGGAUUCCAAGGGGUGCCACUGAGUUCAAAUGCAGUGACUCAGUCAAAAAUACUGCUGGGACUUUAUUCUUGUGAUGGGUACAGGUUGACAGAAGACAGGGGUUGUUUGCUUUUGGGGUGGCAAGAUAGAUCUAUUCUAGCUGCUUCUGCAUGGCGAUGCUAAUGCUUAUAUGCCAUGCAUACGUGUUUGUGUUUCAGUAUCAGUUGAUUAGAUUAUUCAUGAUUGUUUUAAUCUAAUCUAAGCACACAUAAGCCAUAUAAAGUUAAAAGACAGGACAAAAGAGGAAAGGGAGACAAGAGUUAUUAAUCUUGUUUUGUUUAUCUUGAAUGGGACCUUAGGAUUAGGUCAAACAUUGAUUGGCUUAAUAAUAAUAAUCUUUUAUCAUUUGUUUAUUGUGUGUUUAUACACUACAGAUGGCUCGUGACUUUUGUCGUUGAUGUCUAUAUUUGACUACAGAAUUACUCAUCGCAUCGCUAGUGUGGAAACAUAUACGGGACUACCAAUUGAUCAACUUCCCCGUGAAAUAUAGAUUUCGAUUAUGUAAUAAAUAAAUAACGACAGGGCCAUUUUAACUAAUAAUAUCGUAAUUAGCAGCACGGAUAAUAAAAAAGUUUACCGGUGAAUCAAAGUAACCGGUUAGGUUUACCCAGCAGCUGGAGCAGAAUGCUGAUAAGUCUGAAUCAACAUCUGCCAGUAAGAAAAUAGAAUAAUCGAAAUUACCUCACUAGAAUUUAUAAACUUAUUAAUUUUUCAUCAAAAUUCACAGCCAAGGACUUUAUUUAACACAAGC